GAGAGAGAGAGAGAGAGAGAGAGAGAGCAGAGCACUAUUUAUUGCAAAAGUGGGCAAACUUCAGUGCUGAGCAAAAAACAAAACAAAACAAAAAUCACAAUCUUAUAGGACAGCAUAUUACAUUAACCCAAAUUUUAAAUAUUUAAGAUACAAAGUAAAAGGCUUUUAUAGAAAAAAGCCGGUCUCUCACGCAUGUGUACACCUGCGGGAAGAAAAGCUAAUGCUCACAACAUUAUUUGGCGUUGUUUAUUGACUUUCUCUUUCAAAUUUGCUAACAUUUGUCGGACCGUAUGAGAUCGUCUGGUGGGCCGCAGGAGGCUAGCAGGCCGUAGUUUGCUGACACAUUAUCAUUAUUAUCUUUACACAAUCUCAAUCUUAUCAACCAGCGUAUCUCUUCUUUUGACGUACUUGACUUGAGGGGACAGGAACCUUACAAGCAGGCUAUUUGUACUGUCUAUCCAGAUGUGGAACGCUUAUAAUGUUGAAAGACACGCUCAUGUUGUGUGUAAUAUGUAUAUGAUCUAAUAGAAUGGAGUGCAUCAGGAACAACCGUUUCCAACAGAGACAUCUUGUUUCCGAGUUUUUAGGGCCAGCAUCAUAGUCUUCCACUUGAUUCCAUUAUACCUUUUAACCUGACCCAUCUUGAAUUGUAUGGUGUUAUACGAUAAUUGUAUGGUGUUAAACAUGAAUUCUUUUAGCUCAUCAGACAUUAAAGAUGUUUCUCUGUCGCAUUCAGUGAAUAUAUGCCGGCAUAUCAAGUCUAUAUAGAAAACAGCUGCAUCAGUUCACUGUACCAGGAGUCAUGUAACUAGGAAAUGCAAAAGGGAACCUUGAGAAUUUGACUAUAAAAGUUAUGUCAGAGUAGCUGUUUCUUCCCAUCUCCAUGGCGUCCUGUCAAGCUGAAGAAGAUACAACAAAGGACCCGACCAAAGCAGUGAUCAGAGAUGAAGCAACAGAGGAACUGAUCACUGCCGUGGAAGAAGGAGAUGAGGCAGGGUUGAGGUCAGCCUUGGCGAGAGGUGCCUGCCCCAAGGUCACCUGGUCUACUGCUCAAGAGUCUUGGUGUCUUGUGAGUGUCGCUGCAGGCAGGGGCCAUGACCAUCUGCUACCUCACUUACUGCAGGCAGGGUUGAACAUAGAGGGUGGAGGCACCGAUGACAUGACGCCGCUGAUGCUGGCUGCCAGUAAUGGCUACCCUAAGGCAGUAAAAACACUGUUGACCUUCGGCGCAAACCCCCUGGCAACUAAUAGCGAUGGAGUGAGAGCUCUCCACCUUGCUGCAGCGGAGGGCCAUCAUGAAUGUGUGGCAGCCCUCAUAGAUGUCACCCCGCCCACUCCCACACACCCGGAGGGAAUAACUUCGGUGCACGUCGCCAGCUACAAUGGCCACGUGGAAGUUCUGGAACAGUUGACGGAUGCUGGCUGGUCCCUCACCGGCAAGGACAAUGAUGGCUGGACACCCCUGCAUUUUGCAGCGGUAGGGGGAUGCGUAGCAUCUGCCCAAUGGCUGGUGCAGAGAGGUGCUGACCCAGGCGUGCAAGACAGGAAUGGACACACCCCGUUGAACAUUGCCGAGCAAUACGGCUGCCACGAGGUGGAGACGUGGCUAGCCAAGAAUUUUGGCGGUACUGUGAAGAGCGAGGAUCGGCGUGUGGACCAAGUGGUAAGGUUGUGGUCACGUGUGUUGUUAAUUGGGUUUUCAGGUAUGUGGGGGGAAGGACAGGAGGGGAGUAUACAGAGGGGUGGGAUGAGAGGAAGGAGUUGAGAGUGUGGAUUAGAGAAGAGUAUGGUAAGAGAAAAGAGGGAACAAGGAAAUGUAAGGAGAGAGUUGGGAAGGAGGGGGAUGACUGGAGAGUAGGGGAGGUCAGCGUGUUGAAGGAACCAAGAGAGAGAGAGAGAG